AUGAUUUAUGAUGGUAAUGAGACGUAUUAUGUCCAUCGACUUCCCAACAACACAGAUAAGGUAAAUGUCACACAGUUCAACCAUGAAUAUCACGUCAAUUUCAUUGAUCUUUGGUUCAGUUUUUGUUUUUCCUUUUAAAGUUUAUGCUCAUUAACGAAAGGCAUCUAUAUUGGAAAAACACAGCACUGGACUCUUCUUGGGGGAGGGGUACUCCUAGCCUGUGAGCAAGCUCUCAGGGGCACUCUGUCAGUGGGCCGAAAAAGAGGGAGAGCUUGCAGUCAGGUUUCAAGCAUUCCUGACAUGUGCAAGCUCUCUUCCCUUUUUGCCCUGACCAGAGAGCCUGCUUGCAGGCUAGGAUACUCCCUGUGAUUGCCUUAUGGGGAGCUUUUCAGGUUUCAGAAAUAUGAAACGGUAGGAACUUCAUGACUUUGUGAAAGGGUAGAGAAAUCUGCCACUUGAAUAUUUAAAGGCCUUAAUUUUAAAUAUUUCCAACAGACACACCCUAUAGCUGUAUAAUUUUAAUUUAUUAAAUGCUACAUAUUAUGAUUAUUGAAAAAAGACUUACUGUUAGUAGAUAUGAGAAAGGGGCACCAAUUUUUCAGUGGAAGGUAUAUUAAAGGGAUACCUUUUCUCAUCAGAAGUGGUAUAUGAAAGGGUAAGGGGUUGGACCUUGGGGUAGCUCCUCCGCCUGGCUGGACUGUCGGUUGAAAGCGAGAUACCAUCUAAUUGUGAUGAGUAAAUCAUAGGAGAACAAAAUUGAACAAGAAAUGCCAUUUAACAAUCCAUUGUUCUUCACACACAUUUCUCCUUUUCAUGCCUCAACAUUUCUCUGUUCAUUUGUCAGAUAUUGGCUCUGUCUUCGUCAGCACUUCCUUCCUGUACUUCAGUUUAUUCAUUAUGGUAUAACUGUUAAGUCUUCUAACCAGUAUAAUCACUUUUCCAUACAUCUAUAGUUCAUUUGUAGCCUGUUCGCAGACCUUUUAUUUCCUCUUUAGAGAUCAUUGAGCAUUUGUAUAAAAAUAAUGUGUAGGGGAUUUAUUGACCAUUACUGUAAGGCUGGGGUGUUGGUGCUCACACUUUGUGCUCACAUAUUUCUUGGGAAAAAAAUGUGUGUGGACCUGUAGGCUAAUUCAUUUGAAUAGACUAUUAGUUUUGUGUGCUAACCAGCUUUUUUCUUUAUUUCAGUUCCAAUAACUUUUAGAGUCCUCAAGUGAAGUAGGAUAAUGGCGUAAAUUAUUCCAUGUUUAUUGAAUUUUGGUGACUCUUAUCCACAGCAUGUUAUGUACAGAGCAAGGGAUAUGAUGCAGGAAAAGAAGAGAUGUGGUGCGUCAAAUUUGUUUUUAUUAUUAAUAAUAAUAAUAUUAUUAUCAUAUUAGUAUUAUUAUUUUUUUAAACAGUCACAAACUUGGACAAAAAUGUUAAGAAAAAUGGAUGUUGCCAUGUUUAGUUUCAAGAUAAAGCUCUUGAAAGUACUUGGCAACUACAAAUACUCCCCUUUCCCCCCAAAAAACGAUGUUGAAGUCUAGCUGGAUCAUUUCUGACCCCACCUGAACAACAUUGACCAGGCUGGGGUGAGGGGAAGGGCCAUAGUGGUACCAGAUCUGCGGAAUAGCUGUUCUUUGGGUGAGAAAGUGAAAAAUUUUAAACACUUUUUGACCAGGGUUGUAGAUUUCUUGGUUUUCAUUUGGUCAGAACCAACUUUUGAAAGUAUUGUACAUAUUGUUACCUAUUUCUUUUCAGUCUUGUGUAUUGAACAUUAUAUUAUUUGCUACAGGAGUUGAAAGUGCUAGUUCUGAAACUUUUGUGGAUCAGCUUACUGCUCAUGGAAAGCGUAGGGUGAGUUCAAUGCCAGAUAAAGGGCUAAGAGCCUCUCUGUUUUAUAACAAUACUUUUGCAUAUUGUUUUCAUUUUUUCUGCAAAAAGAAAAAUGUGGCAAAGAAACUCGUGAGGUCAACUUAUAGCAAGUCUAUUUAAGAAUCUGUUAGGCUAAAAUUUAUUUGCCAGUUACAUGUAUGCCCCAUUUAUACAAGAACCUGUUCAGCCUAAAAUUUGAAACAGGUUCUAAUUCUCUAAAAUCUAUAAACAAAAUUAUGUACCCUUAGGAUCAGCUCAAUUCAGGAUCCCUUUUGGAGACGUAUGUGCCUUAUCACUCCAACCACAGUGUAUUUCUAUGCAGAUUUUAUAUAACUGAGGAAUAAGCUGAAUACCACUUAAUACUCUAACCUACAAUGUAUUUUUUUCCGUCAGAAAAUAAGAACCUAUUUAGAAACCUUAAUAGCCGAAAUCUGUGCUAAUUACCAUUAUAUGAUCAGAAACUGUUUAGGCUAACUUGGCAAAAUGCAGGUUCUAACUCGCGGGUUUAUACUGUUGUACAAUCAGUCACUAGCGUAGUAACUAAUGUUUUUGUACAAUAAAAGGAUCAAUCAGAAUAUAGGUUGCGUUUCUUUCUUUUAGAGUCGUAGAAGCGUGCAAAGUGAAACAAAGUUUGUGGAGUUGGUCAUAGUCAAUGAUAACAGCCAGGUGAGUCAUGUGGCAGGGAGCAAACUGCGAUUUUUUUGUGCUUAUUACUCAAAGACCAAGGGCUCGUUUCUCGAAAGACCCGAAAACUUUUCGGGCCCGAAGGCAAACUUUAAAACUCAAAACCUGUUGAAUAGUUGCACACUUCCUGGCCCACAAACCAGUCAAUUUUGCUUCGGAACUGAUAGUUCCAUUGUAUUAUUUUCAAAAUUAUUAAAACUUUGAUCCUGAAUGCAAACAUAACAAACACAAAAUAGCUUUCUGGGCGCGAAAAGGUAUCGGGACUUUCGAGAAACGGGCCCCAGAUCUGUUGAUUUUUCAACUUAUCCCGAUAAAAUAUUAUUUGCGAAGUUUGAAAAACUCUAUCUAGUAGAUUCAGAGCCAGUCUAUUUAUCUGUAGUUUACUAGAUUUCAGCAAUUGAUACUGAACCUACAAGGAGCGACUUCCUUCGGACAGCCCGAUAAUCAAAGACAUUAUAUAUACAUGUAUAUAUUUUGACAUUGUCGAUUGCUUCUUUACCCUGGCUACCAGAGGUUUUUUCUCGCGUGCGUCGGCAUCCUUUGGUGUAGGCCGCAUGUCGACAGGAUUCCGGUCAAAGGCCGAAGCCACUAUAGCCUGCGAAGCGCAGACGCAUUUCCGGUCGUCGCUUCUCUCCUCCGAGAGAAGCGACGACCGGAAAUGUGUCUGCGCUUCGCAGGCUAAAGCCACUAGAGACGAAACCGCGCUUGUGACUUGAGCGAUACUGGAAACCGUACUGUUAUGAAAAUUUGUAUUGCGUGACUAGCGUGACUUUCUAGAAGCUUCGCGAGAGUUCGUAGUUUGUUUAUUUUAGGAUCUUGCGUAAGCGUUCCUAAAGCGGUAUAUUUUGUAAUCUUUCUAUAAUUAGACUAUUUGGAAAGUUCUAGAAUCUUAUUGUAAACAUAUAUAAGUAGGCGAGCCCGAGUUAAGGUUUAACUAGUUUUCACAAGUGAGGAGAGUUCGACGUUAGUCGUGUUUAGUCAAGUGUGACGAAAGCAGUGUUUAUUCAAGUUGGCGGAGGCCGUGUAAGUUUAUCAAGUUAAUUGAAGUUGGCGGAGGCCGUGUAAGUUUAACGAGUUACGUGCUGUUGUGGAGUUUUACUUCGUGGAAACUACGUUCAUUUUGGAAUAAAUGUUCUUGUUGCUGUUCCGACAACCCUGGGUUCAGUUUAGUUUGCAAGCUACCCGUCCUCUAAUAGAUUACCCGCGUAACACGUACAUAAAAGGUUUCUGGCACCCAGGGCGUUGCUUCUUACAUUCAGUAAUGUUUCUACGUUAGGCAGAUCCCUACAGUUACAGUUUUACUUAGUUUGCCCCGUCAACCCUGCAGACAACGUGAUAUGACUGACACAAUCAGACUAAAUAAAUGUGGUUGUUCUCGUUACAUAGCAUAAUUUUCUGUUUCAUUAGUAUGUGCAUUUGAGUAAGAACAAGACCUCAGUAGAACAUCGGUCAAGGAGUAUAGCCAAUAUUGUGGACUCUGUAAGUAUGAUAGUGAGUGUAGUCUUUAGGGAGCUUAAGCAACGACGACGGAGACGGCAAAGACAACGGCAAAAAAGCAAUGGCUUUAGAUUAGCAAAACAGCAUCUCUGCACGUGCAUCAUGCUUUUUUGUACAUUGCUUAGCCGUUGUUGUACGACUACAAAAAUGUGAAAAGGCCUACGUCUGCUUUGGAAAAUGAAAAUCCAGAUUGCAGUGUUUUUGUGAGAAGAGACCCGCCACCUUCUGGCCGGAUCCAUUUCUUUCGUUAAAACGGUGCGGUCUAAAGAAUCAGCAAACCGAAAGGCGAUUGGGUAGGCAUCGUGGAUCGUGGAUGUGCGGAUGUACGCUUUAAUACUUCUCAGUGGGAGAGACGCCGGCGUACGAGGAAAAGUCAAAAGUAAAGCGUUGUUUGGUCAGGCAUCAACCAAAACGGUAACCGGUCAAGUCAUCUCGAAAGUCAUCUCACCCGAAGUUAUGUCGCCCAAACUUUUGAGUUAAAGGGGCUGUGUCACGGCAGUCCAGUUCAUUUUGUUUAAUUUUGCCAAUUACUCGCCCUCAAUCGCUAUGGAACUUAAAGUAAGCAAAGAAACUGCAAGUAAAGGACAAAACCAGAGACCCGAGACAAGCAAAUAUGUCUCCUGAGCAUUAUUUUUGAAGUUGCAAGCAGCAGGCAUCAACUUUGAAAAACUGUUAGGCUGAACAGUUUUCAAAAACCCUAAUUUCAAUCCGUUUCAAUCUUCUUCAGUUUUGCCCAUCCGUGGCAUCUUUUGUUUCUGUUAUGUUAUUUUAACCUUUCUUUAAAGUUUUAAGCGGUUAUUUUUAUGUUUCUCCUAAUUUAACGGGCAUUUUGUAAUUUCCUAAUUUGGAUCAGUGAAUUUCGUGACACCUUAUCUCUGGUUUCGGGCGACAGAACUUCAUACAAGAUGACUGUUGGGCGACUUGACCGUAAACAUAUUUUCAAAACGUGUUUAUGUUAUUCCCUUUCAGCUUUUUCGUCCUCUCAAUAUUCGCAUUGCUUUGACGAUGGUUGAGGUUUGGACCGAUGGUGAUCAAAUUGUUGUUGAUGAGAACUCGGACAAGUGUUUGGAAAAUUUCAUGGUUUACAGGAACGACGUCCUUUAUAAAAACUUCAAGCAUGACAAUGCAAUGCUUCUGGUGUAAGUAGUGAAAAAUAUGACUGCAUUGACCGAAGUAGCACAUGGUCGAUGUACGCUUGUACACAAGAAAAGUCGAUUGCAGAGAUAGGAACUCCUUGAUUAAACGCCGUGGCCCAAAUACACUGCAGUUUUUAUUGGUGGUGUUGCAAAUAAUGCCGCCGCAUUUUGCCUAAAGUCGGGACGUCUCUUUAGCGCCCCGCUGUACUGUACAGUGAAAUAAGGUUUAGGUGUAAGGGCAAGAUACGUGGUUGUCAGAAGCAUUGAGUGAAAACCGUUGAUUAAUCAAAGAACGGACCCGAAUAAACUUUAGGCCUUAGCAAAUUCGGCCCACCAAACCUAAACGCCUGGAAUGCUUAACUGAGCAAGUAAGGUACAACAGCAGAACUGUAGACCCGUUUAGGUGCUCCCUAGUUUAGGGAGUAUACGCUCUGAAUCUACAAUUAUGGACAAAAGUCUUGGGACAGUUGUACAGUUCGAACGCUUUUUAACACACGCGAAAUUGUAUCCGCGCGCUACUAACACUGUACGUACCUACCCCCUCCCCCUACCCCACAGACAGUGUUGAAACCGUCAAGGCACAAUUCCUUUGAUCUUUGAACAUUGUAUUGGGUGGGGAGGGGGGAGGGGACAUGGAUUUGUAAAAAGACAGCACUGCUUUUUGCGACAGAACUUGUGAAACGCAUAGAAUUGAAGUUACGUUCUGACUUUCCCAAGGACUUUUGUCCAUGAUUGUAGAUUCAGGAGCUCCAAAGAGAGCAGCUGCUACAUAGUUGUUUCUAUUGACCACCCUCGUGGCUGGCUUAUUGCUUGGUUGAAAAUCAGGUACGGAACCAUAGCUUUGUUCAACGUCUGUUUAUUUAUAGUUUGAUUUUUUUGUUGCUCUUUUCUUUCAGACAUCGUUCUUUUACAAAUUUAACACUUGGUAAAGCUUCAGUGACGGCUAUGUGUGGGAGAAAGUCGGGCGGGGUUGUUCAGGUACACGUAUAGUGCGCAUAAAGUAGUCACCGUAGGCUUCUGUCAAGCGCUCGUCUCUGCACCAGUCUCCUACGCAGCCGUACUCUUUGUCGCCACUCAAAGCUCCUUCCCUUCCCUCGGGGGGAUCGUUGCUUGACGACUUCGGCGUUGGAGGGUAGAGAUCUUAAGAAUUGAAGGCAACGAUAGCGUAAAAACUGCACGACCACGACGUAAAAAUGCCAAAUUUGACGUAUUAUUGAGGAUGUAAACAAGCGGCGACUAAAUUUUCUUUCUCUCUCUGAACCUGAAUAUUUUACUUAGAAUUCAGCUCUAGAAAAGUUUGCCUACGUUUGACAAUCGCGCUAAAGAUUGAAAGAAGGCCAAUUCACUUUUUAAGUGACGUUUUUGCCGCCGUCCCCGUCCUCGGAUCUUAAGGUCCCUACUACCCCUACACGGCACCGUUCCUUAAAUAUUUGCAAUGUAUUAGCUGAUCAACGUGAGUUAAAAAAAAGAACGUUAAAAAGGCUUUGGGUUAAAUGAGCAAAGGAGGAGCUCUGCCCGUGCAUCACACUUUGCGCAUGUGGUAAAUUUCUUUACCUGUACGACUACGACCAAUUUCACGUUUUAUUGAGGGUGGUAAACACUCGACGACAAAGUUUUCUUUCUCUCUUUAAAAUCUGGAUACGGUUCCUUAGGAGAGCUGAGGUCGUCUUGAUUUGCCAAAUUUAGCGAGAUGUGACAACUGCAUUAAGGGUUGAAAGAGCGCAAAUACCAUUUUCGCUGUGGUAUCCUUUAGUUCCUAAUUAUGCGUUGAAUGCAUGCGCGGUAUUGUAAUUUCUUUUGUUCUUUCCAUUUAACCUUGUUCUUCUUUAAAACAGGACUAUGCUGUAAGUGCCGCAGCUACGGCCGCCGUUUUGGCUCAUGAAAUGGGUCAUAACUUUGGCAUGUAUCAUGAUGAUGACUGUAAGUCUGCUAAUGAUAUUUAUCGAGAAGUGUAUUCGAGCGGUUGUAGCUGUUUUAAUGUAUUUUUAAACCCGAAUUGUAGAAUAGUAAUUACUCUACCAAAUCACAAUACGCUUAUAAUUCAAAUGGACUAAACUUUGCCUUUCAAGCUUUACUCACCUUUCCACAUCUCAUCUAAAAAAAACAUCUUUCACUGCCUCCUCUUUAGGCCCUUCGCACUUUGGUGGCGAGCAAAUUUACAUCGAGAUAGAGACGCCUGGGAACGAGGCAGCCUCUUCCAUGCUCUUUAACAAUUAUUCCUCGAGCCCGAAUGGGCUCUGAGUCAAUAGCCCAUGUGGGCGAGAGGAAUAAUUGUUUUAGUAAAAUCCAACUAGUUGGUAAAAAAUAUCAAGAAUAUAAAAUUUUUAGCUAGUUAAAAGCUAGACUUUAAGCCUUUUUUGCCGCCAAAAAGCCCGCGGUUUUCGCUACUAGGGAGCUAUAACAUAUAGCCCAGUAGUAGCUCAACCAAUCAGAAUGCAGCAUUGAUAAUAGACCACUAGUUGGAGUUUUACUAAAAUGUAAUAACUUAUAUGAAGGCCAUAGCGCCUUAUGUGAAUUUACAUUGGUACAAACACUGUUAUUGGAUUUUCUUUCAAGUAGCACUAAAUCUGCGGAAUAACACAUUUUUCCCUUUGAACGUGGAAUAUUAGCCAAUGGUUUAAAAGUAAAACUCUUCUAUAUUUCAGUUCCAGAUUGUAAGUGCAACGCAGCUGAUCAUCAGGGAUGUAUCAUGUCCGCAGUUGCCAGGUAAGUCUUUUGCUUACUGCUAGUUAUAAACUCUAGGUCUUUAAAAACAACUGUGGUUUCUCUGUCUUACAAAAAUAUGUUCGAUAUUAGAUGACAAAUGGUUGCCUCAGCUUUUGUGUGUUAAACAUUCUCAUAGAUUCGCCUCUUCUUUAGGUCUCCAUCACUUUUUUUGGAAAGAGGAAAAGUGUGGACGGUUUCUUUCACUACUCUCCUCCCCUCCUCUAUGAAGUAAAACACUUUUUUAAGCGUCGGAUUCACCGUAGCAUGUGGUAGUUGUUGGGUGCGAACUGAAAAACGGUUCUUGACAUGCGUAUAGAGUAGGGAUCAGCUUUUUAGCCAAUCGGUGUCAGUAAUAGGGGGUUGUUCGCCUUGUCCUUUAAGUGGCUACAAAGGUAACGCGCGAUUUGUCCUUUGUUUAAAUAAUAAUUUAUUUGUUGAAGGUCCACGCCAUCCAAAGAAUGGUCAACAUGCAGCCGUGACUCGUACCAAAAAUACCUUGACAGAGGACUGGAUGCGUGUUUAUUCAACACACCAACUAAAGUAAGCACAAGGAUAUUUGAAUUGCUUCUGGUUUACCGCCCACCUUUAGUUUUACCACCUCUUAUGAUACUCAUUUUUUGGUUGUCGUUCUCAGACGUUUGGUGACGCUAUUUGUGGCAAUGGCUUCAAAGAGGAAGGUGAAGAGUGUGACUGCGGUACAGUUGAGGUACAGUGAAUCUGUAUAGUAUUUGUUGUAAAAGGCUUAUUUCGAAUUAUCAAAACUAGGCUCCGAGGUAAGGUACGAUAAAAAAGGCGCUGUGGGAGCGUAUAUUUGGGCGUCGAUGUACUAGGCGUGUGUGAAGUUUUUUUUAUGUGUAUUAGGGAUCUGUGAGUAGUACAGUAGCGUUGUAGGGGUUGGUUGAGAUGUGUGAAGUAGAAGGCGUGCAGUUAUAUUGGACGUGGAUUGGUGAGAUAAAUAGAAAUAAAAGAAGUGAAUAAUUAAUCCCUGAAUCUCAAUACAAUUUCGUUUUUUUAUUCUCCCCUACCGUCGAGGUCAUGUGCGUAUUUUAAUAAUUAGACACUGGCCUAUUAGUUACUGUAGCAUAUAGACCUAAUUCAAUGAAAUUGCACAGUCAUGACAUCUCAUUUACUAGCCUCUUAAAAUUAUGAGCCUCGGCCUCAUUAGCUACCACGUCCCUUAUAUUAAACUCGUGGAACCUCGACACUGAUGUUAUAUUGGGUAACGAAGAUAAAAUAUGCAUUCUUUAUUUGCAAGUCAAUAGUGUCACCCUCCCGUAACCUCAAUAACAUGUUAAUGUCAUAAUUGUUUAGGAGUGUGAAAAGUAUAGCGAAGGCUGCUGUAAUGCUACGACCUGUAAACUUCUUCCUGGUUCUCAAUGUGACACCGGCCCUUGUUGUGGGAAUUGUAAGGUAAGACUUUGCUUCUAGACUUGUAAUAUACAAUCUUACGUCAGUGAACCGCAGUCAUAAACAAUAAGAGUAACCAUACGAUCCAAACGCCACAAUCUGGAGCAUAAAUUUAGUUUGCUCCUUUUCACUGAUUGCAGAUAAAGGCAAAGGGUACUGUAUGCCGAGAAAUGGUGAACGAAUGUGACUUGCCCGAACAUUGCGACGGAAUAUCAGAAUUGGUAAGCAAGUCUGUCUAUUCUAAAUAUUUCUCAGAUUCUCAAACUUCUCAAAUAUUCUCUUAAGAAGAAACCCCAAGUGAUUUUUGGCUUGGUGGCCUAUUAAUGAAUGAUAUCACUGGCCUUGGUCCUUCAAUGGAGAUACGAUCAGUCCAUACCAGUGAGAGCUCCACGCCAAUACAGUCGACUCCCAAUAACUUGAACCGUCGCUAACUUGAACCUCGCGCUAACUCAACCUAAAUUGAUUUCCCCUGGAUUUCCCUCCUACAUUUACUGUAAUUUUACCCUCGGUAACUUGAACCUCCAAUAACUCGAACCUCCCGCUAACUCGAAGUAAUUUUUGUUUCCCUUCAGAUCAUUUCUAUACAAUUGUGCCCUCGAUAACUCGAACUAUGUUUUUAGCGGGUGACAAGUGAAGAAGAAAAGUGAGCUACAUUCCAAGACAUAUUUCAAAGCGAUCGUGUAUUCUUUGUCUUUACUUGUUUUGUCAGGCCAAUUCAAAUACAAUGUUUAAUCAUUUUUAUUUGCUUCGUACUCCCGAUAACUCGAACUUUUUUCGAUUUCUCUUGAAGGUUCGAGCUAUCUGGAGUCGACCGUACAUGUAGCCGGCAAAAAGCACGGAAAAAUUCUUGCGUGCGCGCCACAUUUUUGACGAGGUGGCUUUUUUUCAAAUUGUAGUGUUAUCCAAUCAAAGCCGAAGUAAUUGCACUAUUAACUGUAGUUCUCACAAGCGAACCAGGGUUGGGUGGGUUGCAAAAAACAGAAGGGAACUCGUAACUAUUAUUUCAAAACAAUAUGUUGUUAUUACAGAACAACCGUUAAGAGCCCUCUUAUCGCAAGAUGGUUUUAUGCAACCUUGCCCAGGCUCGCUGAUUAAAACAACUUUCAGUUGGAGUUCACUAACAGACGAUGUUUUUAUCCAUUAGUGCCCAAGCAAUAAAUAUGUUCAGAAUGGCAAGCCAUGUGGAAACAACAAGGUCAGAAUCCUACUUAGUGUUAUUGUUAACUCUAUUAUAGAAUAGAUUUAGAAGUUUUGAUGUGUUUGUUUUUCUUUUGCAGGGAUACUGCUACAACAGUGAAUGUCCCUUACAUGACGAACAAUGUCAAGACUUGUGGGGGCCUGGUAUGAACUUUGUGUCCCAAGCUUUAAAGCCGGUUGCACCUUUUUUUGUUCAAAACGUUGACGUUUGUGUCUAAAACCCCGGUGGUGGCAGCCCCGUAUUUUACCUAAACGGGGAUGUGCCGUUCAACAGGGUUUGGUUUUCGGGGUCUUUAGUCUUAAAAAAGGGUAUACGAUUUCAUCAGAUCCAGUGAUUUUUUUAGAAAUCGUUAUUUUGAGUCCUGGGACUCAUCUUGUGAAAAAUCCCAGAACCAUUGAAUCUCAGUUCAAAAAACAACGAGCUCUAAAUUGAAAAAGCUUGGGUCUUUAUGUAACAGGCAGCAAACUCUUUAUCAUAGUUUACUGAAAUUAAAACAGUCCUUCUAUUUAAACAGCAAAAAUGAGGGAACUAAAAUAUAUUUGCAUCGUUUAACAACAACCACAUUAACAGCGACAGAAAUCACACGAACAGAAUGUUCUACCAAAACAUGGUCAGAUCGAUCGAUCUUUGUGUCCUACGGGACGUAUCCAUUGAAUUAUUUUGCGUCUUAAAGGAUUAUGAGUCAGGGACGCAGGACGCAGAGGUAACAAAUUCAAUGCAGAUCAGUAAAAGUGCAGUAAGGCGGAGCCUGCAGUUUUUUUCCUUAUCCGAAAAGUGCAGAAUGAUGAACAUUUGCAGAUGUCAGGACAAAGGUGGCACAUUCUCCUCAGUUAUUUUAAGUCACUGAGUGUUACACCUACACUGUUUAGUGUCAAGACACUAUUCAGCUCCGGAUUCUAACCCGCCUUCUGUAGCUCAGAAGUUUGAUACCCAACCAGUUUAUCUUACCAGUCGGCAAAUUAAAGCUUUUUCGUGACUUAAUUUUGAGUUGAGGUGUCCGUAAUAUGAAAAGCCCUAAAAGAGCUGAUAUCUCAUGUUGCUCUCCUCACGGACUCUAAAAUUAUUUACUUGUCACUUUCAUGCAGUCGCCAAGUCCGGUCCAGACGGGUGUUACGCGUUUAACGAGAAAGGCAAUGCGCGUGGAAACUGCCACCGACAAGAGAACAAUGUGUACUUCAAGUGUGCUCCUGAGUAAGUUUAUAUGUUGCAAAACUACAACAACCACCACCACCAACAACAACAAUCUUUAUUGUGCGCUUAAUACCAAAGAAGGUGUAAAGUAAUUUAAAGGGAAUAAUUGCAAAAAAAAAGAGAGAGCACAGCCACUCAGAAAUAGCAAAAGGGGCGCGAUUAGCUUUUCGGUCUAUCUUGAAAGGACAUAAGUACGGCCAAGUCACCAUUCUGGUCAGACUCAAUGAAAGACGUAUUACCCGUCUCCAACAAAACGUGCGCAUUGUAUUCGCAGGAAUAUUGAUUACUGUCAUAUAUUCCCUGCAACAAUGUUCUUUCUGUGGUACGAAAAUUUCACAGGCACUCAAGCGCGGUAGACUUGAUUCAUCCGCAAAAUGAUAGCCUUUGUAAUAACUUUGUCCGAACGUCAAGCCACGUCCUACGACCAUUAAGAUGUCGUCGGAUGUGGGCUAAUUUUACUCAGCCAGGAUCCGAAAAAACACUGAAACGUUACCCUAGAUAUCAAUCCCAGUGGGUACAUGGGUGUGUGAUUCACCCCUUUAACAGCUGCUUUUCGGAAAAUUAGCCCUCGCCUACUUAUCGCACAGCUGGUCUUGCUCAAAAACUGCAUAAAUGCAUUGUUUUGUUUUGCCUUUAAGUUAGUAGUUUACUUUGUCUUAUGCAGUUUUUUGUUUUAGGGACAAGCUUUGUGGAAUGCUUCACUGUACAAACAUAGAUGAAAUUAACUAUCCACUUAUUGGCACCGAAAGAAGCAGCUACUGGCAUUACUAUGGGCUUACGUUAUGCAAGUUAGUAUCUUUCUGUCUCUUGUUUUCUCGUAGUUACACAUUUAUCCAGAAUGGGACCUGUGCUCGAAAAUUCGCCACUGGGCGCUGGUUUUAAAGAAAUCACUUUUACCAACGGUAAAGAUUUUGAGAAAAGAGUGAUAAAAGAAGUAGCAAGCAACAGGCUCGUACUCCAUCAGAGUAAGACUAAAUAAAUGCUGUUUGGUACUAGGCAGAAACUAGAACACUGUUCAGACCAUAAAAUACAACUUCACGGGAAAGAAAUUGACAGUUGAGUAUCGAGCUUUUGUUACUUAGGGGUUGCGCUAGAUGAGAAUCUCUCGUGGAACGAGCUCGUAGAAUUGAUUUGUAAUAAAGUGAGCAAGCGUCUCGACCUGCUGUUCCGCAUACGACGUUACCUUACCCUAAAAGCUGCUAAAUGAGGGUAUAAUUGUUUAGUAUAGCCUAUUUUUGAUUACACUGAUUCGGUGCGAAGAAUCAUUCAAAAUGUUAGAAUGGGUGGACCUGGAAACACCAAAAAAAAGCCCACAAAUGUAUUUUAGUUUUUAAAUGUCUAAAUGAAAUAGUUCCUCCGUAUUUAUCGGAUUAUUUUAUUAGAAAUUGCACUAUUCACACUCACUAGACAAGACAAAGCAACGACAGUCAUCUACCGAACCCUAAUUAACGCCAGGAAAAAACACAUUUAGAUUUUCAGGUGCGGUUUUUUUUAAUAAUUUACCCACAUCAAUAAAAGAAGCUACGUCGCUUUCCAUUUUUAAGAACUUUCUUAGAUUUCGUUUUAGCCAUUAGUUGUUUCUUAUUAAUAUAAUUCUUAGGUAACUUCGAUAGCUCUAUUAUUUUUCUUGAUCUUAAACAAGUUAUGAUGAUGUGUAAUUUCCCUUGUAGGCACUUUUUAAGAUCCUUUGUACAAAAUUUUAAAGUAAUUUUUAUUAUCAUGUAGUCAUAAUUUACGCACGGCCCCUUUUGAUACCAGCCAAUGGCAGCCUGCCAAAAAAAGUUGACUUGACUUGGCUAUGCGAGACGGUUCUUCCGUUCGGUUUUGCGGGAGUGACGGGAGUAUUUGCGCGCCAACUCGUUUCAUGACUGCGCCUUCCACGCGAAAUCCUUCAUGACAGAGAGUUUGUUCGUCGCUUAUUGAGGAAGAAAGAACCUUAAGUAAGAUUUUUUUUCUGCUCACUUGUAAGAUCCAGUGGGUCGGCUUUCUCUUAGGAGAGGUUGUUAGUUUAAUCCAAACAGUUUAAUUUGACCCCUUUGUUUUCCUUUUUAUUGGUCUGUCUGUAUAUUACCAGGAGAAUAAUGGAUUAUCUAUUCUGAUGUUCGUUCGCUUUGUUUACAUUUAAUAGAAGUGCUUCUGUAACCCUUGCAAAAGAUGUGCCUGAUCCUGGAGAGACUUUAGAGGGGACAAAAUGCGGAGAGAACAAGGUGAGUUGUCGAACAGUUGAGUGACCAGCAAUACCGGUGUGCCUUGUAGUUACCUUGAAAAGUCACCUCGGGUUUGACCUACAAUAAAAUGAGCACUAACAGAAAGUAAAAGGUACUGAAUUUUUUUUCGGCGUGUAGUAUUGCGACAAAGUUCCAGGUGCAGACAAUUUUCUCGUAGUAGAGCAUGACUUUUUACGCUGCCAAACUGUGCUUAUGGGAGUUUUCACUGGUUUCGCUGAGGCCAUCUGCUGCUUAACAAAUCAAUGAGGAAUUGCACCUUCCUUGUGAGAAGAGUAUUCAUUCUUGCCAAACUAAACUCUCAUGAACGUAACUUUCUAUUUUCCUCCAGCUCUGUAUAGACAGAAAGUGUACAGAUAUACAAGUGUUUAGCUCAGGCCUUAGGCAGUGUCCAAACAACUGCUCCAAUGGAAAUGGGGUGAGUAACUCUUGUACUGUGAUGUAUGUCGUUCUUAGAAGAGGCUUGCAUGCUUCUGGAGUAGAAAAACUACUCUUCAAGUUUGAGGGGACUUAUCACGUGCUAAUCAUUCAGUUUACUUAAAGCUAUUGGUGGUGCCAAGAGAUUUUUUCAUUUUAAAGUAGUGUUAAGUUUUACAACAUUAUCUCUUUUACUGUCCCAAAGACCGCAACUGUAAUCUUCAGUACAGCUGUUUAUGUUCCUGAAUAUGAUUUGAUUACAUUCGAAUUCCGUAGAUUUGCAACAAUGAAGCCGAAUGUUUCUGCCUUAGCUGCUGGCAAGGCCCAGGUUGUAGUGAGUGGGUAGAAUGCAUUAAUCCAACUGUAGCUGGAGGUAUGUCACUGAGGUGUACAAAAAAAGUGCAAAUAGCCUGAGUAGUAGUCGUGAAGGAGGGAUAUCCACUAUAUUUCUUAUGCACUUGUUACGUAGGCUGAAGGCCAUUCGUGAGGAAUUUCGGGUCUUCUGUAUAAAACAGCGUUGAAAUUAGGUUAAAAACUGAAAAUGGAAACUUAAUUGUUGGAAGAGUAGGUCGCGCCCUCGAGCCUCGCUCAUCGCUCGCGAUUGCCCCUUUGCCUCUUUUGAUACUUUGAUAGUUUGCUACCAUUGAAAGUAGGUCUUAAAGGUCAGACUCAGUAAUCAUCUGUGUGCAUUUCUCAAAAUUAGUUCUCCUGACGACUAAACAGGAAUUAAGAAGUUUUCUCUUUCAUUUGUUGUUUUCUUUGUUUGUUUGUUUGUUUGCCAAACAAACAAACAAACAAACAAACAAACAUGAAGAAACAAACGUUUUUUUUUUCGCGACAAGUCACAGUGACUGGUGAAUAUUAUUAAAACAACCGACAGAAAAAGCUGUACGAAAUUGUCCUGAAAUUCUCUUUCGACAUCACUGUCCUAUGAAAUUAUACCUAGACUAACUGCUCAUUUGGACAUUUUAGUUGCGAAAUGCACGCCAGAUCUAGUGAAGAAGCAAACCGUUUAAACCAAGUUGCAUUUCAUCUUUUCUUGAAUUCACCAUGGCAUUAUACGCGAAAAUACAUCUCGUGUACCUCACCUUACACCCUGCAUUGCAUUGCAUCGCGUUUCAUACGCAAUACCCUAUACGUUGCAUCGAAUGACAUUGAAGUUGACUGCGUUGUAUCCAUUCGCAUUUAUUUUAUUCACUGUCUUACAUGUGCAUCAACGUACCAAAUUGCUGUGCAUAAAGCAUCCACUGCGUGUCACUGUACAACCUGAACGUGAGUUCUCGGCGAAAAUCUCUUACUGUCUCCAUCUGUUAACGUUAUGAAUGCUUUUAGAGCACCAUGCUUAGCCCGCAAAUAAUCGAAACCUAAAGAGUUUUAGAGCCUUUUCUGCCAUUUAAGGUGUUAAAGUAAAUGAUUCAGCCGAUCAUAAAGGUAAAGAAGUAAAAGUUAAAAAAAAGUUAUUUUCUAUAAUGUUGCUCUGAAUGCGAUAAAGUUGUAACUGAUCAGCCAUACUUAAGCUAAAACGGAAAAGUACAGGAGACUUUGUUUUUCAUAUGUUCUUCGCAGAGGUGCACUUGUUGAAGGGGGUGUUUUUGAAUAACGUGAGAGCAGGCGCAUUACAACGUGGUAUACACCUAUUUCAAUAAAGGUUGCUUUGGGAAUCGUGCUUUGGUCUUCGAAAGCCGUUGUUUGGUUGUCACUCAAGCAAAGCAUUUCAUUGUAUUCUGUGUUUCAAUGACCAAAUCCCAAAGCAACCUUUAUUGAAAUAGAUGUAUGUCAGCGAUAGAACCUCUCGUCGUUAUACUUGCAUUUAUCUUACUCAGCAAGUUUCUCCUGACGCCUUAUGAAGCCUCCGUAGAAGAGAAAUUGAAAGCGGUUUGGCGCACAAAAGACAAACGUGCAUGUACUAUAGCUUUUAUUUGAGUGACUUCUGGCAUUUCACAAAUAGACUCCAAAGUGAUAGCCAACUGGCCGUCAAGUUGCGAAGGACUACAAAAACUACUCCUAAGUAGCUUUUCAUUUCAUUUGCAAUUGAUUAACAGAAGCCUUGAUUUCGGAAAGAAAAGUUAAGGGAUUGGCACUUUCUCGAAAUUCAACUCGCUUUAUACGGACACGCCGCUUAUACGGACACUUUCUAUGACCCCUCAGUGUCCGUAUUAACGAGGUUUGAUCGUAGUGUUUUCGAUUCCCCUGGGACGUCAGCAUAUUCCCAUGAGCAAUGGAAAACAAUAGCUUAUGCAAAAUUUUGACGGAAAACAGAGUGCACUAUGGGGGAUUAGAAAUAAUCAAUUCAAGUUGGGGAGCAUGGAACGUGCGACGAGAACUUAAAUGGAUGUUGCGUGACGACAAAAAUAAGGCCAGUCGUGUGAGCAAGGUUAGUAAAACAGCAAAAGAGUCAUUUGUCAAGUCUUACCUGGGACAUCUGUGAUGUUUGCUGUAGUAGUGACUAUAGACGGGACUGUGUCGUGACCUGUACGUAGUGGGGAGGAGUGGUUUACAUGCAGGGCAUAGGUAUGGUUGGUACAUGUCGGGUGUCGAAGAAAAACAUCACAGACCAGUUAGUUAUACUUUACCUUUUCAUAAUUUAUAGUAUUCAAAUAAAAAUGAAGACAAUAUGUGAAUGAAGUGAAUCAAAUGGGAAACGUAAAAACUGAGUUUAGAAUGCUUUAGGUCAGUUAUAUUUAUCAGCUGUGCUAAGCUUUGGAACUUGAAAAAAAUGAUAUGAUUAUUUUAAAUGCUGACAGGUUUAUCACUCAGGAUGCUCGCUCGGAAAAGUUAUACCUUGAAGAGCAACCUAGGGUCUACAGGUUAACGUUCAUAUUAAAAAACGCGAUAUUGUGACACAUGCUAAUAACUGGAGGCGAAUUGUUUAAAAUCUAUAAGCAGGCAAAGCGUCGAACUUUUGCGCCUAUGAUCGAAAUCCUUAGCAGUUAGAUUGAAACAAGAUGACCUUUUUUGCGGGUAAAUUGAUAUUUUGAAAACAGGGUCUUUGUUCCACGUAAUAAAACAGAAAUAAUACCAUGUCAACCAAGCCUCUCGAAAUCUGUUCUCUCUCUGAAAAAAGCAUCAUAUACUGUAAGGGCUUUCUUUCAAAGCAAACUGUCCGUAAUAGUGAGGUGUCCGUAUUAAGCGGGUGUCCGUAAAGCGGAGAUUCACUCUAGUUUAUUCAGAAUUCGGGAGGCAAAACGAGUGUAUGAUGGGGGAUUCGAUAAUACCAGAUUAGCCCAAAGGUGCAUUCGAUUGACCUUAUUCUACGAGUUGUACAUACUGCAAAAGUAUUGACUAUAUGACAAACUAGCUCCAUCAAAUCGUCACCUACAAUUCCUUCUACCUUUGGAAUAGUACAGAAUAUAUUCCUAUUCUAGAAUAAGGUCAAUAGAACACAUUGUUGGGAUUUCCUUUCGCUUUUUAGGUAUGUGUCAGCAACCAUUUCCUAACUGGUCUGAUCUGUUUUUGACGAAAAUGCGAACGUACGUCAACUGGCAAUAAACCCAUAAAACAAGAUAAUAUUUUUCGGAUCACAUAGUGCACGAAGUGUUUGACGCAUUCUCAGAGCUCUUGCCUACCUGGAAUAAGCCAGUCGAUAUCAAAACAAUGUCGUGUGAUGACCAAAAAAGGCGUCGUGUGAUGGAAACCGUGCGUUUAAAUUAAAUUAAAUGCUUUGCUUUUAAAUGCUUUGCGCAAUUUAAUUGUGUGCUGGCUCUUGGCUUUCUUGUGACGUUAAUGCUUUAAUGAUGCACUUUUGCAGACAUUAUUGCUUUUAGUAGUAAUGUUAAAAGCAUAAGCACAAAAACGUUGAACCUCUGGUUGUUUCCCGCCCAGUCACUCCUCUAGUUUAGCUCCUGGAAGAGGUGUUAGUCAAUAACACAAUCAAAAAGCUACAGAGAAGCAAUAAGGAAAGGUUUUAUAUUAAUAAGGAUACUCAAAACAGGGGAAGGUUAAGUUAUAAGCAGUUACAGCACGUUGAAGCCAUUUUCUUCUUUUCUUGGGGACUAUCUAACAUUCACACCAUUUGUAGAGUCCUUCAAGGAGGUUUCGCUAGCUAUACUAAUCACUGCUAACACUAAAGUCAGCUAAUGUUCUACAUUUUACGCAUUGCAAGCUCUCUAAACACACUUGGACAAACCAUAGGCCAGUACAUGUCUCCUUGUUUGCAUGCGUUCUAUUAACUGUGAAAUGAAAUACCCAGGUUAAGUAACGUUUGAAAGAAUUUUCCACCUUGUAACACUUGAAAAUCCAACUAAAGUUAUUAAUCUACUACUAAAGUAACUAUUGAGUGCAUGAACCAACAGAUAUAACAUCAUGAAACUUUCCAUUUUUUUCAAGUACUAAUGUUUUGCCUCCGAUUCUUGUAAUUGUUCUCUCUUAAUACACCCACUGUCGACUAAUUAUCUCGUCAGUUUACUUACAGCAUACCUGUACUUUUACAGUGUAUACCAUUUGACGGUUUACCACUGUUUAAUUCUUUAAGAAAGUGGAAAACGAAAAUCCAAACGCUGUUAGCUGUCAUUUAAUCAUCAUGUAAUUUUUCUCAAGUUUAAAAUUUUUAUUAUCGCUUUGCGCCUGCGUGCAAAUGCCAAAUGUGAAAAACCAUGCUACAACCUUACUUUCCAACCAUCUUCCAUGUAACAAAAUCUGGUCUGAGUUUGAAUAACAAAGAAAUCCUAUGUGGGGAACAUGUAAAAUUGUAAACUUUUCUUGGCUAUUGUUUUCAACUCUUGUGAUUGGUCAAAAUCUUUUAACACAAGAAAAAACCCUUUCAAAGUGGAGUGUAAAUGCAUUUUAUUGCGUAAACGGCCUUCAUGUAGGUUUAUGCAUUCUCUGUGUAAAAAUGAGAACAUUCCUAUGUGGGGAAAGCAUCGUUGCCGCAUAACAAAAGAAAUUGCUAUCCACCUUACCCGGAUCAUUACUUAAUAGUUGAGAGGCGUUAUACAGAGGCGUUUGUUCUUACAACUGUAACAAACUCCACAAAAGAAUAUGCUUUAGGCGAAUAUAUCACCAGAGUUUGUAAAUAGCAGACUAUCCGGUCCAUCCAUAGGUACUUCAAGACCGUUUAGAUUAAGCCAGUAUCUUUACUUUGAACUAGUUUUACAUCGAACAAUAUGUAAUGCGCCAACUCUCAUAAUGGAUAAAUCGAAAAAUGUUGCUCUGUUUUGCUAUUUCCUUGUAUUGUCAUGCGGGGUGUCUAAUACAAAAUUAAAAGCGUAGGCCGGGGGUGGGGGCGUUUAUUUGAGAAAGGGCGUCUAUUAGAUCAUUUAGGUAUAGAAGUUUUUUCCACUCCUCGUCGUUAAAUAAGGAGCAUUCUGCGUCUCGUGCUAUGUGGCUAUGUUGUAGUGUGUUGCUCAGUACUGAAAAUUUUGCUAACUCGUCACUCACUGGACUUAUCAUAUCCUAAGGACCCAAAGAUCCACAAACUGACGAUGGCAAAGGAAGUAAUUUGGCAGGAAUCUUGGUUGGUGUGUUUAUUAUUAUCAUCCUGAUUAUUGGAGCUGGUUUCGCUAUAUAUCAUCGAAAAAAAUUGUUGCAGAAGUGGCAAGAAUAUCAUCAAAAGCCACAUGGCGCUAAGAGGUAACACACAUUCAACUGAUCAUUUAUCUAUUAAUUUAUCAGUUAUUUAUUUAUCAUUUCGUCGCAUAUAGUUAUAUCAAUAUUAUUAUAUGUUUCUAAUCGAUUAGACGAGGGAGCCUAUAUGAACAGGUCGAAGUAAGUAAGUGUUCCGUGCUAACUGUGAUGAGGGGGUGUAGAAGGAAAGGAAAAGAAAAGGAUGUUUUUCUGCAUGAAUUAACCUUUUAAGACCGAUAUCGACAUUCAAAUUCCUUAGACUUUAUACCUCCUCACUUUUUCUUCAAGAAUUAGUUGAGAGAUUUUGUUUUAAGAUCAAAGAUAUUUUUUACGUGAUUAUUUUAAUGACUCUCUCCCCAUAACCUUUUCUAUUGAUUAUGUAAGUGUUAUUGCUAGGGGAAAAAUUUAUGUCGAUCGCUAUUGGGCCAAGGGGUUCUGCUUCAGACUUUCCCUCCCCCGCUCCCCUCCCCUCCUUCCCCCCUUUCCCCUUCAACCCUGUGCUUUUAUUAUACUCUCUUCACAACUUCGUGUCUUAAUAAGACGAGUCGAAUAAGGAUCAGCACUUCGUAAAACAAAAUUACUUCAUUUGUCUAACAAGAACAGGUGCGUUUUAUCAAGUGUGCAACACGAGGCGUAGACCAAACUGCCAGUUUUUUGGACGGCCACGUAUGAAACUCCUGUACAUUUGCGCAUUCUCAGGGUCUAAGAAAACAGGAGCUAACUCUCUUAUUUAAUACCCCUCUCCUUUGUUUUGUAUGGAAAAAAUGAAUUUAAGACCUGGUCACUAUUGAAACUACAGUGACCACAAUAGUGACCUGAUGGUUCUAAAGCAAUGAAUAGGUGCAUUAAAUCGCUAUUUCUUCUUCUUAUUUUUAAGAAGGUCUCAAGCUCAGCAUUUUUUGUUUCGCUGUUUCUUAUUCAUAAAUAUUCAAAAUUCUCGUUAGGUACGAAGGUGUUUCCACUGGAUCUCCCAAACAAAGAAGAGUGCGCAAUGGA